UUUUUUCUUGCGAGUGAACAGGGAACGGAACUUUCAGUUCAAGUAUACUGUUUCGAAUGAUUCAGAAUUGGCAAACUUGCCCGCACGACUGUUCAAACUCAAUAGUGUUUCUCCCGCGAGAUCCUCGACGAGUGUUCUUUGCGAAAUCGAGGGAGAGUUGGGUUGUUUGCAUCAGUUGAAUGUCGGACGAGCCUCAAGCCAAGAAGCGAAUCAUGGACGAAGAGUUGGGGGCCCGUGUGGACAUGACCCGACACCCGCAUCAAAGUCAAGAAGAUCUGACAGUCAAUACUGUCGACGGGGAGUGGCCUUUCCCGUGGCAGAAUGAACUAGCGUCGUUGAAGGCGGAUCGUGAUCGUCUUUCACGUGACGACGUGGAACCAUCGCGAGGAUCCGAGGUGAAGAAAAACGGUACGAGUCCGCCGUGCGAGCAGUUGACGAGUUCGUCUCGAGAGGACGUCGAUGCUGCGAAUGAAGCGGAACGAGAGGAAUUUCCGAGCCUCUCGGCGUCCAUGAUGGGAAGGGAUUCGAGAAGAUCUUACCGAUCGUCGUAUCGGCGUUCGAGUGGGUCGAGAAAUUCCAAGGGCUCUGGUCGAAGACAACAGUCCAGUCAUACUCCGAAUACGUUCAAUAAUCGCUUGCGGGGUCGGCGAAGAAACAACGAGGAGUGGAAUGGGUAUCAGUAUGUUCCCCCGUCGGGCAUGUCUGGCGAAGACGAGGAAGUGAAGCCGGACUUGAACGUCUUGUUGAACCCCAGAGAGCCGGACUGGUCGAAUCCCCGUUUUUCCACGUACAACUUGGCCGAGUUGAAGAGUGCUCGUAAGACCCUUGUGGGUUUGAACGACCCGUCGCUUUCCUUCGUGGACACGCAUUGUCACCUGGACUUCUUGCUCAACAAACUGGAUUGGAGCGUGUUUUCGGGAUCUCUCCUGGGACAGGCGUACGAGAAGUUCAAAGCCGAGCGCGAGGAGGAAUUCGGGACCCUGCACGAGGCCUGCAUCACUUGCUUCACGCACCCACAGCUUUUCACGAACCAAAGCGAACGAGAAUCUCUGGACAAAACCAAAGCAUUGAUCAUAAAGAAAAAAAAUGGUUCGUCAUUUGGUUUCUGGGUGUUGCAUUAUUGGAUGACGCUAGAGUGUUCGUGUGCACUUGCAGCAGAUUUCUAUGAUGAGACCUCGAAGCUGGAGUAUGAAGGAAGAUUAGAGAAAAGGGCCAGCCAGUUUUUUACGACUGGCUGGGCGCCAGGAGAAAAGGAACUCGUCCGAGACGUUGGCGUGGCUGGGAAAAAUCUUGCAAUCCCUCAGCAAAAUCCACGAGGAAAUCUCUCUUGGGAAAUCAAGUGA